AAAGAGAGAGAGAAAGCACUCUCGGCAAUCUUGGCAUAAGAUGAACGACUGUGUCACAGGUGCUGAAGCCGCGAUCAAUCUGCAGCAGUGCGGACGUGAAUUAGAUACAAGUGUAGAAGAGUAUCUUCGCGUUCAAGCAGUGUAGCGUCUCGGUGCAGUGUGCCAGGCGAGUAUUUAUCGCGGGACUUGAUCCUGCCUCCCUGCCUGCCCGAUACCAGGAUAUAUACCCAUUGCAGAAGACGAGGAGGGAGCGAGAUGGAGGCUGGAUACUCCAUGCUAAGCACCGACCUCGACGUUUGCCGAAUGUUCGACCAGUACUUGUACAAGAGAAGCGACAACCUCGACCUGUCCCUGAGCGUUCCGCAGCACCAUCAGAGCUCCUACCACGGUAGCUACAACAUGGCCGAUCAGACAUUCCACACCCCGAGUUUCGGUGACGAGGAUUUUGACAUCCCGGCGAUCCACCCCCAUCCCCAUCAGCAACACCAGCAACAGCAUCACCAGCAGCACGACCCAAUGCACGGAUAUCAACCACAGAUGAUGCAGGGCGGCGGAAUGCAACAGUCUCCGGACGGGAUGAAUCUCGAUCCCGGUGGCUAUCAGCAGCCGCUUUACCUCCAACAGGAACACGCCAUGCAACCAAUCAACGUCAGUUCGGCGUACAAUAGCCCCCAGGGUUCGUAUUCGACGAUGACGUCGCCGGGACAGCAACACGGUAGCCAACAGCUUCUGCUGCUUCAGCAACACUCUCACCAACAACAACAGCAACAACAGCAGCAGCAACAACAGCAUCAGCAAGUACAGAUGCAGCAGCACAUGCAGUACAUGCAUCCACAACAACAGCAACAGCUGCAACAACAACAACAACAACAGCAGCAGCAGCAACAACAACAGCAACCAAUGCAGUAUCGCAGUCCGACGGGGGGAAGUCCACCGGCCAUGCAGCCAAACGGAAUACCCGAAAAUGUCAACACGACAACAAGCGAGGACAGUGACGACAGCACUCCACACUCAGCCAUGAUGGUAGCCAUAAAACAAUCGUCGCCGGAAAGGACUGACGCGGUGACCAAAGCCCAAAAGAAACCUAAAGGUCAGAAAAAGAAGAAGAAGAAGAAGAGCGACCCUAACGAGCCACAAAAUGGUAAACCUGCUUUCAGGCCUGUGUCGGCGUACGCUUUAUUCUUCCGCGAUACCCAGGCGGCUAUCAAGGGACAAAAUCCAAGCGCAAGUUUCGGCGAUGUGUCGAAAAUCGUCGCCUCGAUGUGGGACGCCCUUGACACCGAACACAAAGACGUAUACAAGAAGAAGACUGAAGCCGCGAAGAAGGAGUACUUGAAGGCCUUGGCGGCGUACAGGGCUUCCCUCGUCAGCAAGGGGGCUGGUGAAGGUGCUCCGGAACAACAACAACAGCAGCAACAACAACCCGCCCCUGUACAGUACGGUGGAUACGGUGGAUACGGUGGAAACGGGGGACCCAGCAGCGUUCCCUACCAGGGUUACAGCCCCCAGCCCCCAUCCCCUCAGCAGCAGCAUCAGCAGCACCAGCAACAGCAACAGCAGAUGGGAAUAAAAAAGUCACCUCAUCACUUGGCGGCGAUGGGCAAUCCGCAGCAGCAGCAACAACAGGCACUUAUGGGUAGCCCGAUGAGCCACAUGCAACAACAACAACAACAACAACAGCAGCAGCAGCAGCAGCAACAACAGCAGCAGCAGCAACACAUGCAACAGCAGCAGCAAGUGCCACAACAGCAAUACAUGCAGCAGGUACCUCAACAGCAAGUCCAGCAGGUUCAGGUCCAGCAGCAACAGCAGCAACAGAUGAUCCACAUGAGCCCCCCCAGAGGCGACUCGCUAUCGAGCCCUCCUCCGGUAACCGGAACUCAGGUGAAUAUGGGAGGGCAGAGGGCCCCAGCAAAUGCUUGCAUCCGUCACGGAUGCCCAAAUCCAGCGGUAGCUAACAGUGAGUGGGAGGAUGAGUACUGCAGCAAUGAGUGUGUGGUCAGCCACUGCAGGUUUGUGGAUGUGUUCACCUCAUGGGUAUCCUCGAAUCAAAAUCCGCAGCAAAAUUUCUCGACCGUAAAAUAAGCAUCCCCCCCCCCCCCCCCAUAUUAUAUAUGUCUAAUGAUAUGAAAUAAAUCACGACUUUCGGCUACUCGAAGGCCUCGCAUGCUCGGGGCUCGUUGUUGACCCUCUAAGAUAAAAUUAUACUUUACACAAUUAAUUACAUGUACAUAGAUUAGCGUAGCGAGAAUUCCGGAUCGUAAUAAUAAGACCCGGAACCGGAACCGGCCGCGGAUCCAGACACAGACAUGGAGACUAGCCCAAGGGAUACCAAUUAAACAGCGAGAGGGCAAUCUGACUGCGAAAGCUGCGAAGUAAUAUGCAUAUAUGAACACACACAUAGGCACACACACUCAUGUAUACACAAUUUUUUUUUUCCAUCUCUCAUGACAAGGUCAAGUAACGAAGUGUAAUUUGUUAUUUAAACAGCAAACUAAGGCUGUUCUGUUCUUUUUUAUUUUGUUCUCGUCUUUUCUUAUUUCCUUUUCACAUAAUCUAUUCCGGAUAUAACCGGAUUUCAAGGAAUAAAUUAUUUUUGUUCGUUAAAUAGUCUCAGAGACACUGUAGGCUUUGACUCAUUGCGCUUUUGACGGACAGUGAUCGAUACGAUCACGUCGGCCCGAAGUUAAUUUUAUAUAUAAUUACUUUGUUCGAUGGAUUACAUCUGAACAAGUUUAUAUUAAAAAAAAAAUUGACAGCACAACGCAGCGACGGUAUUUCACGAUUAAUUUCUUCUCAAUCUAACCGUUUGUACAGGUUGAAAGUAAGCUAAGUUCAUGUACGUGUCUGAGUGCGUAAUAAUUCAAAUCAGGAUAAAGAUAACCCGUGGACGUAGCUGUUUAUCGUCAUCAUUAUUAUUAUUCUGAUUAUUUUUAUUUUUAUUCUAUUUUCAACAUUAUUAAUAAGAAUAAAGCAACUGUAUUAUAAGCAAAGGCACGGAGUAGUGUGUCAUUGAGCUCGACAAGAAAACGAGAAAGAUUGAUAAGGCGAUAACGGAAUAAAUUACUCUCAGUAUCACGUGAUAUUGAUUUGAUGAUUUUUUUUUAAUCAUGUUUAAUGAAAUAAUUGAUAAAACCAUCAAACUACAGUUAAUAAGAAGCAAAAUCGAUCUCGGUGAUCUGUGUUUUAAUUUAGCUACCUGAACUCCACAAUCGCUAUAUUACUUUCUCUUUCUCCCCCCCUCUUUCACUCUUUCUUUCUCUCUCUCUCUUCCCCCCCCCCCUACCUCUGUCUCCCACUAAGUUAUGAAAUAAAUUUUGUUAGCUUCUUUCUCGUUUAUUUAUUUGUUUUUCUUGUAUCCACGUAAAACCGCGCAUUUCAUCGUUGAAAAUCUUCGGAUAGCACGCUAGGACUGACAGUCUCUGAGAAACCGAAGAGGUCUCAAGACGAGCAUGACAACACGACAGACUUUCUGGACUAACUUGUACGUAUUACGUGGGAUCAUCUUGGUGCACCGAUUGUAGCAUACUUCAGAUUUAAUAUUUAGCUAGGUAUAUAAUGAAGGAAAAAAUAUGGAUAAUUGAAUUGAAGAAAUGAUCAAGUCUUACCGGAGCCACGCCACGGCUACGAGAUAUAAUUUGGCCUCGCUCUGAUCGUUAGAAGAAUAAAGCAAUCCGUGCGACCAAAAACUUCGCUCCUUGUUGUGGCUUCGUCGUCGUCCAUAAAUAUUUAUAUAUACAUAUACAUGUAUACAUAUAAAUCAAAUGUUGAUCCCACCCGACGUGCGAUAUUCUCUGCGUAGUCAGAGAUAGCUUUAGCAUCAUCAAGUUUGUUCGGAAAUUUUGUAUUAUAUUAAAAAAAAAAAAAUUGAAAAAAUGCAACCUGUUUGUCUCAUAAUUUAUCAUGAUUAUUAUUGCUUCUGUUUUUUAUAAUCUUAAUUUGCAUGGAAAUUCCGAACAAACUUUGAGAUCUAGAGUCCUCGUAAUCUUGUGUAGUAGCACACGACAAUGAGAACCAGGAAGUAGAAUAGAUUUAGAUGGAGAGAGCAGAAAGGGCUCCACUAUACUUAUUUUUGUAUCUUGUAAACUCUGCAGACAAUUAUUCCAUAGAAAUGAAGAAUGAAAGGACAUUAGGGAAAAAACUGUGUAUCCGAAAAUCGAUUUUCGUACAACGUGAUCGAUGAGUUGAUGAGUAAAAGAAAAAAUACAGAUCUCUGAGUCGAAUGUCUGAAACCGUUUUAUUCACUGAUGUCUAUAGUUAUUAUUCCCUCGAACCAUUUUAAUACGCAAAGUUUGUUAAUCACUAUUUUCCGUAUCAGAAUUUACCCGUAAUAUUGGGACGCAUUCAGUAUCAAAAUAUUUCUGUCACUUUUGUACCUAUACAGAAUUAACUUGGGGGUGUUCGUGGGCCUUGUAAUUGUUUGAGAAAUUGUUAGUCCGUCGCUAAAUCUUGAAUUGUAUAUUGAAUCAAAGAGAAAUAAUGAAGUUAACGAAUUUUUCCAUUGUACUCAAGAACACGGGCGCGCCCGCGAAUGUGCAAUCUCAUAGUAAAAACUGUUUCACCAGUUUUUGGUCGACACUGAUUAUCAAGAAAGUGAGAAGUUUGUAGUUUUUGUAUUAUGGAAGGCAAGUGAUGUAUUCGGAGAAUACCCUUUUCUGUUGUUUUUGGUCUAGAUUAUAAUUACUUAAUGAUCCAAUUUACGCUCUAGAAUAGAAGGGUAAAUAUAUAUAUUAACACAUAGACGCAUAUAUAUAUUUAUUUAUCUAUUACGGUGCUGAUGAAAUGAUAGGAGAGAAAUGAUAUAAAAAUAUUGUUCGCGCUUGCAUGAACUGUUCUUGAAGUUUGGUUGAGUAGAGAGUAUAUUGGAAAUUUUGUUGGAAGCAGAAAGCGUAACGCGUGCAAAAAAAUGUUGUGUACGCUUCAUGAUGGAUAGUAAAGAUACUGGAAGCUGGUAUAACUUGUAUAGCCAAUGUUGGGCUUCGGUUUUUUGUUGAAGGUGGUGAAAUUGGGUAGAAUUGUUUCAUGCGAACGCGCAAAUAACUUAGGAUACUUAUUUCUAUUAUCCUUAUGUAAAUACGUGGAUAUAAUCUAUAGAUCUAUAGACUAUGAUAAUGUAAACAUAAUCAAUAAUGUAUUAUAUUGAUGCAAGUUCGUGGUCUAUUACGAAUAUAGGAUACAAAUAUAUUACGAUUACUACUGACUAUUGAGUGAAAAUAAGAAAUCAGUUAUUGUUUGCCAAAUCUUGAAUAAUUGCAUGAUAUAUAUAUAAGUAUUGUUGGCAGACCGGAAACGCGCAUCAGGCAAACAGUGUGCAAAUUCAAAAUACCAUCAUCCCUCGACAUGUCGACCUCUCAUUAUGAAUUGUGUAUGUAAAACACCAGACCAGCGGAACCACUGAACUUUACGGCACUAACCAUAGAUGCGUAGAGCUAUAUCGAAUGAAAUAAGUAUAGGAGUUAUCAAGCAUUUAGACUAGACCGUAGGCACUAUUAUGCAUCAAAUGCUAAUAUAUGAUGGUGAUUUGCAAUGAAUUUAUGUUCAUUUUUAUUGUUUUCUGUACAAAGACUUAAUUAAACGAUUUCGGUCCCAGA